AAACAAGCCCUCACCGUUGCCAUCUCUACCGGGGCCGGGCCUACGGACUCGGAGUCACGAGGCAGCCCACAAUCAGAAUAUAACCCAACCGGCUCCUCCCUCGCUUCUCACCUCACCCCGUCCGGAUUGCGGAUCUGACGCGCGAGCACGAAGCCUCGACCUAGCCAGGCUUCCCUUGCCCUACUUUGCGCCGCCGCCGCCGCCGAUCCAGCCGGCCUCUCCCCGCCCGCCGGCCGCGAUGUACAACGGCAUCGGGCUGCAGACCGCGCGGGGGUCGGGCACCAACGGGUACGUCCAGACCAACAAGUUCUUCAUCAAGCCCCGCUCCACAUCCGGCGGGGGCCCGGGCGGACCCCACAGGCCGCCGCUCCCCGACGCCACCGGCGCGGAUGGCGGCGGGCUCGGCGGGAUGCGCAAGCCCAACAAGGAGAUCCUCGAGCACGACCGCAAGCGCCAGGUCGAGCUCAAUCUGCUCGUGCUCAGGGACGCGCUCGAGGAGCAGGGCUACACCGAAGACGAGAUCGAGGAGCGCGUAGAGGAGGCGCGCAAGGCUGCUGAGGCAGAGGCGGCCGCGGUCGCGGCAGCGGAGGAAGCAGGGAGCGUUAGCGGCGCCGGUCGACCGCCUCUACCCGGCAGAGGGUUUACAGACACACAGAGCCACCAUGUUGCAGCACGGAAGGAGAAACAACUUGAGACUCUAAGGGCUGCUUUAGGGCUGAACGUGGAGGAUGCAAAGAAGGGGGAUGUAGAAAGUGAUGUAGAAUCUGGGGAGCUUGUUCCUGGUAAGUACUAUGAGGAACUGGUUACUGUUGGGGAAAAUAAUAGUAAGGAUUCAAAGAAUGCAAAGAAGAGCAAGAAGAAAAAAGAGAAUGACAAAAGGCGUCAACCCAAAAGUUCGAGAAAGAGCAAGUAUGACUCAGACUUGGAUCACGAUCAUAACACAAAAACGAAGAAGAGUUCUCACCAUGAUUCAGAUGAUGAUUCAGAGACUGAUUAUGAUGAGAAAAAGGAAAAGAAAUACAACAAGAAACAUCGUCUUGGUUCUGAUGAUGAUUCUGAAAAUGAUCGAAAGAAGGCAAAGCGUGGAAAGAACUCUGGUUCUGAGUCUGAUACAGAUAGUGGCCAUGGCAAAAAGAAAACUAAACAUGUAAAGAGUGAUCAGGGUGGGAGAAAGAAGAUACAAGUGAAGAACUCUCAUCACGAUUCCGAGUCUGACACAGAUAGUAGCUAUGGCAAGAAAACAGAACAUGCAAGGAAUGAUAGGGGUGAGAGAAAGAAGAUACCGGUAAAUAAUUCUCGUCAUGAUUUCAAAUCUGAUAUAGAUAGUGGAUAUGGCAAGAAAACAGAAGAUGCAAAGAGUGAACACUAUGAGAGAAAGAAGUUAUUGGUGAAGAGCUCUCGUCAUGAUUCUGAGUCUGAUACAGACAGUGGUUAUGGCAAGAAGAAAAUGGAACAUAUAAAGAAUGAACGCGAUGAGAGAAAGAAGGUGCUGGUGAAGAACUCUCGUCAUGAUUCUGAGUCUGAUACAGAUAGUGGCUAUGGCAAGAAGAAAAUGGAACAUGCAAAAAUUGAACGUGAUGAGAGAAGGAAGGUACCGGUGAAGAGUUCUCGUUAUGAUUCUGAGUCUGAUACUGAUAGUGGCUAUGGCAAGAAGAAAAUGGAGCAAACAAAGAAUGUACGUGAUGAGAAAAGGAAGGUACCAUUGAAGAGUUCUCAUCAUGAUUCUGAGUCUGAUGCAGAUAUUGACUAUAGGAAGAAGAAAAUAGAACAUACAGAGGGUAUUCGUGAUGAGAGAAAGAAGAUACCAGCGAGAAGCUCUCGCCAUGAUUCUGACUCUGGUGCAGAUAAUAAUGGGAAAAACAAGAGACCAUUGCAAAGCUCUCGUCAUGAUUUGGAGGAUGAGAAGCCUAGAUCGAGAAAUUAUAAUUAUGGCUCUCGGGCUUCCGAGCAUGAGAAACAUAGUAAGUACAAGGAAAGCUUUCGCCAUGACUCAGAUUCAGAUGGUUAUUCCCGUGGUAAGGAAAGACAAUUGAAUGUUGCAGUGUUGAAAAAGGAUGUGCAAGAGAAAAGAAAAGUAGCUACCUCAAGUGAUAGUUCAGAUUACAGCAGCAGCCUCAGCAGUAGUGAUUCUGACACGAGUGCAGAUAGCUAUGAGGAACAGAAAAGGAGUCAAGCUGGAGGGAGAAGAAAUGAGCUGACUACACAAAGGCAGAAAGAGGAGGAAAGAAAAGAGCUUGAAAAGCAACAGAAGAGAGAGGUAGAGAAGAAAGAGCUGGAUAAGCAAAAGCAAAGGGAGGAAGAGAGGAUGGAGAUGGAGAAGGAGAAGAAAAGGCAGCGAGAGAGGGAGGAAGAGAGACAGAGGGAGAGAGAGCAAUACGAAAGGAAAGGUGGAAAUGAUGUGGAGAGGGACAACAAAAGGAAACUGAUAGAUGAUCGGUAUGAUCCAAAUUCAAGUAGAGAUAGAGAAGAGGGAUACAGAGACUCUCAGAACAGAGAUGACAAUAGAAGGCAGGAAGAGCAUGGUCAACACAAUAGAUAUAUGGAUAGUCAUGAUUCCAAGAGGUCAAGGCAUGACUCGCAUUACCAUUCAAGGAGGGAUUUUGAACAACGCUAUUCUAGAGACGAACAUAGAGACAGAAGGCGUCACUAAAUGUAAGCUUGGAAGAAUGCCGCUCUAGGUGGACAACUUAUUCUCAGCUAUCACCCAUAAGUUCCAGUCCCAGAUCUUUUCUGCGGCAGCAAGACCAACCCAUCAGUACCUCCGCUGCAGCAUUAAUAUCUGCUUUUGUUUGUAUCAUACUUUGGAUUUUACUAUGCAAAGAGCGAAGUCUGCAAUAUGUAAUAUGUUGUGGAACAGACAUGAACGGUAGGAUUUUUUUUGUUGGAAUUUGUGGUGCGCAUGUUGCUGAUCAUAAUUAUGAUAAGUUUUCUUAAGCUUAUAUUUGAUGAGCUCCAGGUUUUU